UCCGCCCAAAAAUCACCUUCAACUUAGCCCACCCUUGCAAAUUUGCAAUUGCAAUAUGGCAAAGCCGCAAAAGUGGGUGUCCUCAUUUGUAAAGGGGUUGCUUAAAGGUCAACAAGACUACGGCUUUAUCCACUGGAUUGCAAAGCUUGCUGUAUACUAAAUUUCCAUGGCUUGGUGGGAAGGUGUUAAGGAAUGUCGUCUCCUUAUUGCAUCUGAUCCUGGGGCAACAGGAAAUGGUGUUGGAAGAUUUUUAUCGCUACGCCAUCCAAAGUCAGGAAAGACUGCUUGCUAUCUCUUCGUCAACGGGUUGCUUCAAGAACUUCAUUGGUUUAAGCAAUCCUAUGGAUCUUGGUUUGUGGGGGAUUAUGUUUGUGAAGAUGGCCGCCUAUAUACUGCAACUCCAGUUGAUCCUGUUUUCAUUAUGCUUCCCAUUUUUGAGGAAGCUAGAAUGAAGAAGGAAGAUGAUCCCGGGAAGUUCAGGCAAUUAGAUGAGAUAAUCUUCAUUCAUGACUAUCCUGGCUAUCAACAUUUACUGUCCAUUGCAGAGAAUUCAAUGCAAGUAGUUUGUGAAAUCAAAGAAAUUGGAUCGUCAAAGUUCUUUAGGCUUGAUGACUCAAAGGUUCUAGCAUGGUUAUAUCACAAGGUAUGUGAGCUAAAAGAGACACUUUCGGUAUUGGACAAAAACUAUGCUGCACGACAAGAGAAGGAUACGUUAGCUGAUGCAGUUUCAAUAUUGGGGGAGUAUGUGAAGGAUGAGCCUUGGUUGAAUCUCCUGUGUAACCAUCUGAAGUUAAAUUCAGUUGAGGCAACUAAAGAAGCUCUAGAGGUUGAGAACCUAUCACCUGCUUCAGGAAGCCACCCAGUUUUUCAGAGCAACUUACUGGGAAAGGGGAGUGACCAAAAGAGCACAAAAACUGGAAAGCCAGCUAAAAAGGCGAAAGUGGAGACAGAAUCCAGGAACAUCAAAGAAAUGUUUUCCAGGGCGUCACGAAGGAGAAACUGAAUCUCUGAAACCUAACACAAAGGAGUAAAUUCUUGUCACUAUGAUCAAACUGCCCUCGGAAUACAAUCAUUGGCUGGCUCUGGCGCAUUGGCUUUUGACUCCCAUGCUUUGUAACAAUAUUUUUUUAAGGUAAUUCCGUUACUUGCGAGACGUAGUUUUGGCAUAUGCGAAGUUAUUUACCUUGUUAAUUUAUCCUAAAGCACUGUGAUGCCACACAAAAUAUAACUGUUUGGAUUGGGAUAUAUGGCGUCAGCCCGGUUACUUAUAAAACUAGAGCGUUUUCAGCCC